GUUUAGCACUCUGUGGUCAUGAUAAAAGUGAAUCAUCCUUGAACAAAGGUAAUUUUCUUGAAAAAAUGUGAUGACAUUAAACCUUAUAUAUUGUGACUGCGUGUAAGAUUGAAACAAUCAAAGCUAUAAUAAAGAAUUUAGAUGGUGACUACUUUGCUUUGUUGGUUGAUGAAUCAAGAGACGUAUCACGCAAAGAGAAAAUGGCUAUUUGUUUGCGAUAUGUUGAUAAAAAGGGAUUUGUGAUAGAAGCAUUCAUUGGACUUGUUCAUGUUAAAGAUACUAGCGCUUUAUCUCUAAAGAAAGCAAUUGUGGAUGUACUUGCUCAUCAUUCUUUAACUUUAGCUUAUGUACGAGGGCAAGGUUACGAUGGAGAAAGCAAUAUGCAAGGUGAGUUAGGUGGUCUUAAAACAUUAAUUAGACAAGAAAGUAGAUCGGCUCACUCCGUUCAUUAUUUUGGUUAUCAACUUCAAUUGACUCUUGUUACUGUUUCUAAAAGGUGUGUUCAAGUAGGAGAACUUGUAUUAUUGACUUCAAAUAUUUUAAAUGUGUUAGGGGCUUCCUUUAAACAUGUGGAUGAAUUUCAAGAAUCUCAAAAAGAAAAACUCAAAGAGGCAUUAGAUAUGGGUGAUCUAGAAACGGGUAGAGGUUUGAAUCAAGAACUUGAUCUUAUUAAAGCCGGUGAGACUCGUUGGGGAUCUCACUACAAGUCAUUUGAAAACUUUAUUAGUAACUUUGCCUCCAUUGUUAAUGUACUUGAUUCUCUUGUUGAAAAUACAAGUACUUCGGAAGAAAAAGCUAGCGCAUCGGAAUUUCUCAGAAGUUGUCAAACUUUUGAGACUGUUUUCUUGUUGCAUUUGAUGACUGAUGUUUUAGGAAUCACAAAUGAUCUUAAUGUGUCAUUACAGAAAAAGGAACAGGAUAUUGCUAAUGCCAUGAUUCUUGUAAAAGUAGAAAAGAGAAGAUUGCAAGCAUUACGAGAUAAUGAAUGGGAUCCUCUUUUAAAAAAGAAUAUUGAUGUUCGUGAUAUUGAUAAAAGAUUCUCCAAUUUAGGCGGACUUGGGAAACUUUCAAGAAAGUUGGUUGAGACAAAGAAGCAUUUAAGUUAUCCUCUUGUAUUUCUUUUGGUGAAGUUUGCUUUGCUUCUACCCGUUGCCACUGCAUUAGUUGAAAGAGUUUUUUCGGCAAUGAAGUAUAUCAAGAAUGAUUUGCGGAAUCGAAUGGAUGAUGAGUUCUUAGAUGGUUGCAUAGUGCCUUAUGUAGAAAAAAGAGUAUUUAAUAAUAUUUCUAAUGAGUGUAUUAUAAAAACAUUUCAAGGGAUGAAGCGUCGCCGAAUGCAAUUGUAA